GCUGUCUCCCGCCCCAACUCCGAUGUGCUCCGUUAUCAGCGACCAGCAGCAGCCUGCCGCUCCAGCCCCCGUCUGGGUGGGGAUCGGCCGCGAGUCCCCCGCGCCGGCGGCGGCGGCGGGCAGGGUUCUAUAGAAAGAGAAAGAGCCAGGCGGCGGGCGAGCGAACCAGCGAGCGAGGGAGCGAACGAGGGAGCCAGCAGCCAGCCAGCCGCCCAGCCAGCCAGCGCGCCGGCGAGCCAGGCAGGGGGAGCGCACUCGCGCACACGGACCCGCGCGGGGACGGCUGGGGAGUCGCUGGUUUCCUCGGACGCGAUGCUGCUGGUGGUGAAAUGCCUGCUGGUCGCGCUGGUCUCCUCGCUGCUGAUGUGCUCGGGGCUGGCGUGCGGACCCGGCCGGGGGUUUGGGAAGAGGCGGCACCCCAAAAAGCUGACCCCCUUAGCCUACAAGCAGUUCAUCCCCAACGUGGCGGAGAAGACCCUGGGGGCCAGUGGAAGAUACGAAGGGAAGAUCUCGCGGAACUCGGAGCGGUUUAAGGAACUCACCCCCAAUUACAACCCUGACAUAAUAUUUAAGGAUGAGGAGAACACCGGAGCCGACCGGCUGAUGACUCAGAGAUGCAAAGACAAGUUAAACGCCCUGGCCAUCUCCGUGAUGAACCAGUGGCCCGGCGUGAAGCUGCGGGUGACCGAGGGCUGGGACGAGGAUGGCCACCACUCAGAGGAGUCACUGCACUACGAGGGCCGCGCCGUGGACAUCACCACGUCCGACCGAGACCGCAGCAAGUACGGCAUGCUGGCGCGCCUGGCGGUGGAGGCCGGCUUCGACUGGGUGUACUACGAGUCCAAAGCCCACAUCCACUGCUCCGUGAAAGCAGAGAACUCGGUGGCGGCCAAGUCGGGCGGCUGCUUCCCGGGCUCGGCCACGGUGCACCUGGAGCAGGGUGGCACCAAGCUGGUUAAGGACCUGCGCCCCGGAGACCGCGUGCUGGCUGCCGACGACCAGGGCCGGCUGCUCUACAGCGAUUUCCUCACCUUCCUGGACCGCGACGACGGCGCCAAGAAGGUUUUCUAUGUGAUCGAGACGCGGGAGCCCCGCGAGCGCCUGCUGCUCACCGCUGCGCACCUGCUCUUCGUGGCGCCGCACAACGACUCGGGCGUGGGGCGGCCGCCGGGGGGCGCGCUGGGGCGCCGGGCGCUCUUCGCCAGCCGCGUGCGGCCUGGCCAGCGCGUGUACGUUGUGGCCGAGCGCGGCGGGGACCGCCGGCUCCUGCCAGCUGCCGUGCACAGCGUGACGCUGCGGGAGGAGGCCACGGGCGCGUACGCGCCGCUCACGGCGCAGGGCACCAUCCUCAUCAACCGGGUGCUGGCGUCGUGCUACGCGGUCAUCGAGGAGCACAGCUGGGCGCACCGGGCCUUCGCGCCCUUCCGCCUGGCGCACGCGCUGCUGGCCGCGCUGGCGCCCGGGCGCACGGACCGCUGCGGGGACGGGGACAGCGGCGGCCGCGCCCCCCAGCCCACGCCGGGCGCGCCGGGGCCGGCGGACGCGUCGGGGGCGGCGGGCGUCCACUGGUACUCGCAGCUGCUCUACCAAAUAGGCACCUGGCUGUUGGACAGCGAGGCCCUGCACCCGCUGGGCAUGGCGGUCAAGUCCAGCUGAAGGCCGG